CAAUUGUUUAAUUAACAAAAGCUUAAUUGCCAGUUCUACAAUGUCUUACACUACCCGUCAAGUUGCUGCUGCUAAUACCUUAGACCACAAGGUCUAUUUGGAAAAGGAUGGUAAGCCAAUCUCUCCAUUUCAUGACAUUCCAUUAUACGCCAAUGAAGAAAAGACUAUCUUGAACAUGAUUGUCGAAGUUCCAAGAUGGACCAACGCUAAGAUGGAAAUCUCCAAGGAAUUGAAAUUGAACCCAAUUAUUCAAGAUACCAAGAAAGGUAAAUUGAGAUUUGUUCGUAACUGUUUCCCUCACCAUGGUUACAUUCACAACUAUGGUGCUUUCCCUCAAACCUGGGAAGAUCCAAACCAAAUCCACCCUGAAACUAAGGCCAAGGGUGACAAUGAUCCAUUAGAUGUUUGUGAAAUUGGUGAAAAGGUCGCUACUGUCGGUGAAGUUAAACAAGUUAAGGUUUUGGGUGUCAUGGCUCUUUUAGAUGAAGGUGAAACUGAUUGGAAGGUUAUUGUUAUUGAUGUCAAUGACCCAUUAGCUCCAAAGUUGAACGAUAUUGAAGAUGUUGAAACUCACUUGCCAGGUUUAUUGAGAGCCACUAAUGAAUGGUUCAGAAUUUACAAGAUUCCAGAUGGUAAGCCAGAAAACCAAUUCGCCUUCUCUGGUGAAUGUAAGAACAAGAAAUACGCUGAAGAAAUUAUUGUUGAAUGUGCUGAAGCUUGGGAAAAAUUAAUCAAGGGUGAAUCCGUUGACUCUAAGGGUAUUGAUUUAACCAACACUACUUUAGAAACCACACCUACCUUUUCUGCUUCUGCCGUUUCAGAAAUUCCAGCUGCUUCUCCAGCCCCUGCUGCUCCAAUUGACAAAUCCAUUGACAAAUGGUUCUUCAUCUCUGGUGCUCACUAAUUGCAUACGAUUUCAGUAUUUUCUGGUAUCUAAAUAUAUCAUGAUAUGUGUUGCAAACAAGAAAUUCUUGGUAAAUAUUAAGUAGCUAGUGUUACCAAUAUAUAAACUCGUGAGUUCUAUUU